AUGAUUGCAACCGCCCAACCCGCCCAAAAUAACAAGAAUCAGUUACCAAUUUCUUCUUCUUCUUCUUCUUCUUCUAGCGCCCCUCCUCCUCCUUCUUCUUCCUCGUCCUCCUCAUUCUUCUUCUUCUUCUUCCUCGACCUUCUCCUUCUCCUCACGCUCCUCCUCUUACUUUUCUUCGUUAUUCCUCCUCCUCCUUUUUCCUCCUCCUCCUCCCAAUCCUCCUCCUUUUCUACUCAUCCUCGUUAUUUGUCCUCCUCCUCCUUCUUCUUCUUCUGCUCUCCCGCCCCUCCUUCUCCUUCUUCUACUCUUACUCCUCCUCCUUCUUAUUCUUUCUCCUCCUCCUUCUUCUUCCUCGCCCUCUUCAUUCUCCUUCUUCUUCUUCCUCUUCCACCUUCUUCUCCACACGCUCCUCCUCAUACUUCUCUCCUCUCCCAUAGAAUAACAAGAAUCAGUUACCACUUUCUUCUUCUUCUUCUUCUUCUUCUUCUACUUCUUCUUCUUCUUCUUCUUCUUCUUCUUCUUCUUCUUCUUCUACCGCCCCUCCUCCUUCUUCUUCCUCGUCCUCCUCAUUCUUCUUCCUCGUCCUCCUCAUUCUUUUUCUUCUUCCUCGUCCUCCUCAUUCUUCUUCUUCUUCCUACACCUCCUCCUUCUCCUCACGCUCCUCCUCCUACUUUCACUCCUUAUUCCUCCUCCUCCUUAUUCUUCCUCCUACUUAUUCCUCCUCCUUCCACUCCUCCUCCUUUUCCUACUACUCCUCGUUAUUCAUCCUCCUCCUCCUCUUCCUCUUCCUUAUUCUUCUUUUCUCCCGCCCCUCCUCCUCUUUCUUCUACUCUUAAUCCUCCUCCUCCUCCUUCUUUCUCCCCCUUCUUCUUCUUCCUCGUCCUCCUCCUUCACCACACGCUUCUCUUCUUUUUCUUCUUCCUCCUCCUCCACCUCCUCCUUCUCCUCACGCUCCUCCUUUCCCUCCUUAUUCAUCCUCCUCCUUAUUCCUCCUCCUCCCACUACUACUCCUUUUCCUACUUCUCCUCGUUAUUCCUUCUCCUCCUCCUCCUCCUUCUUCUUCUUCUUUUCUCCCGCCCUUCCUCCUCUUUCUUCGACUCUUACUCCUCCUUCUUCUUUCUCCUCCUCCUUCUUCUUUCUCCUCCUCCUUCUUCUUCCUCGUCCUUCUCCUUCUCCACAUGCUAUUAA